AUGACUGGGUUAACACUGCAACACCAACUAAGCGGCGAAGACCUAUUCGCCCCUUCCAAGUUCUGGCUUGAACCAAAUGCUGGCAGCCAGGAUGACCAGGAGGCGGUAAUGGAUAGGCUGGAAGACAUGGGCGAGAGCAGUGACAAAAAAGCGGGAAGAAUCCACCGUGACCAACAUGGGCAAUGGACCAGAGCCAAGAAUGAGACACCAUUGAACGAAGUCCCCUAUGACAGUGAUGUGAGCAUGGAAGAAGGGAACAGUUUUCUUUCAAUAAACCAAUCUUCCAACAGCGAUAAUGAGAACUCUUCGGCGAACAAUUCCCACAUGACCGGCAGUUCGACAUCCUUUAUGGGAGCCGGCCUGUCAAGACCUCCCGACGAGGAAAUCAUCAACAUGUCACUCGUUCUCCUUCUGGAAGGGUUAUGUAUGCAUGACCCAGAACUACGUGGCAAGGUCGGAUGGUACCCCAUUCGCAAGCCCUUUAGCGUUACGCAGGCUGGGGUGAAGGUUAUGACAGCGAGGACCGAUGGAUGCCUACAACUUAUUCAUCCUGACAAAUUAGAUGAAGAUAGCCCCAGUCUCGCCAUCCUAGAAGCCAAGGCGGAUUUGCGCACCAAGGACUCAUCUCCCGUCUAUCUUCAAGAAGGUGCGGAGAUGGCGGCUUGGAUAUCCAGCGAACCCAACCACGGACUUUUACAUGGGUCACAGGAAGCUGGUAUAUACAGGAGGGUUCUAAUCUCACAAAACUUCAACCAAGUAUUUGUUACUAUCGCCGAAUACGAUGAGGACUAUAUUCACUAUAUUACUGGCCACGGUACCGCAACGAGGCUCUCGUCUGGAUCACCAACGCAGAACUUAUCUUCCAAGCAGACAUCUAAUAAAUUAUCUGCCAAACGGGGAUCGCCUGAUUUAUCUGAUCGAGAAUCCCCUGAUUGGGGGCCAUCUCCGCCCGCUCGUGAGAUUUCUCAUUUUCAACCCGGCACAACGCCAUCGCCUAAAGAAGAUCUUAGUCACCUUAUACAGAAUGCUCCUGUUAAAAAUAAGGGAGAUACACUGGAUAGAUAUGAGUACGAUUAUACAAAGGGGUUCUUAGUCAUGCAGAAAUUCAAGGGAUUCAAAAUUACAGACAGAAAGGAAGUGGAAGAGCUGAUGAUAUUGCUUGUAUCCCUUGUGCGGGAGCUGUACCAUGGAUCUCAAUGGAAUACUAGACUCUAAUUUCAUCUAGUAGAUGGAGAUAGAUCUAGUAGAUGGAGAUAGAUCUAGUAGAUGGAGAUAGAUCUAGUAGAUGGAGAUAGAUCUAGUAGAUAUGAAUAAAUUUAGUAGAUAUG